AUGAAAGUAGCGGAGAAGAUUGUAUUCCUCUGGAAUGAUCCUGAUGGAUUUGCGGCAACCAUCGCUGAUUCUCUAAACCCCAACCCUAGUGCUCCUCUUCGCAAACUAGAAGAGCAGAUCCAGCUUCCGUUGGACAAGUACGGCGUCGAAGAUGUCGAUGCCGGCGGGACUAUCGUUCAUUUCAUCGAUGACAAUGGAAUUUACCAGGUCUCGAUUGUUCUUCUUCGGAGCUACGAGCCUCCUGCACUAGUGUGUGCCAUGAAUGAACUGCUGGACCUAAUUACAAGGGAAGCAUCGACUCUGCCCACAAUCGUGGCUCCUUUUCUUGUGGCGGCAUCGAAGCUUAAGUUCAAUAACAAAUCCCUUGAAGCAAGUAGCAAAAAGGCUAGUCUUCAUUACUUUCAAGUUGGUCCAGAAACAGAGACCAGCAGGCUAUUUGCUUCUCGCAUCGAGAAACCACCACCAUCGUUGCAGAUCCAUUAUGAACCAUUGUCAUGCUUGCUUCAUCUGGCUCGUGUCAAACGCCUGCCUACCUCUAUUCUCAUCGGACAAAGAAGUAGUAGCGUUUCUCAUCAAGCUCUAGACGAAGAGCUUCAGGUGAUCCAUGAAAUAGGGGAGCUUGUGGCGAGCUAUGCCGGAGUGUCUUUGUCGAAAGAGAGAAUCAAGUGGAACGCAGCAAAGACGUCAAAAGAAGAAGAGAGUCCUUGGCGUGCUCUUUAUGGUUAA